AUGAUUAUGACCUCCAUAAGAGCUCAAUAUGGAGGGCCGACCCAAACCUCUUUCAUGUACUCCAAGCCAUACACUCAGAGGAUCGACAACCUGAGAAUGCUUACUGGAUAUCAGCCUUCAAAGUUCCAACAAUUCGACGGAAAGGGCAACCCAAAGCAACACAUCGUCCACUUCAUAGAAACAUGUGAAAAUGCGGGAACAAGAGGAGAUCUACCGGUCAAACAUUUCGUCAAAACCCUCAAAGGGAAUGCUUUUCACUGGUACAUAGACUUAGAGCCUGAGGUGAUUGACAGCUGGGAGCAACUUGAAAGAGAAUUCUUGAAUCGCUUCUACAGCACCAGACGCACCGUCAGCAUGAUGAAGCUGACAAACUCCAAACAACGAAAAGAGGAACCAGUCAUCGACUACAUCAAUCGAUGGAGAGCUCUGAUUAUGGAUUGCAAAGAUCGACUCACCGAGUUGUCUGCUGUGGAAAUGUGCAUGCAAGGUAUGCACUGGGAACUCCUCUAUAUUCUACAAGGGAUUAAGCCCCGUACCUUUGAAGAAUUAGCGACCCGUGCUCACGAAAUGAAGCUAAGUAUCUCCAAUAGAGGAACGUGGGACUUUUUGAACCACGAACCGAGGAAAGACAAGAAGGAGGUGAAGGGCACCGAGAAAAUUGUGAAGAGCGCCAAGAAAACAGUGAAAGGUGUCACGAAGGAAUCAAUGGUCAUUAACACAACCCCAUUGAAGUUCUCCUCAAAAAGGAAAGAAAAGAUAAUAGAGAAGAAAGACCAAGAAGGCGAGAUACGUCGCCCAACCCUGAAAGAAAGACAGGCGAAGGUUUAUCCAUUCCCUGAAUCUGACGUAGCGGACAUGCUUGAACAAUUACUAGAGAACCACCUUAUCCAACUGCCAGAAUGUAGGCGACCAAAACAGGCCGGCAAGGUGGAUGACCCCAAUUACUGUAAGUAUCAUAGGGUCAUCAGUCGCCUGGUCGAAAAAUGUUUCAUACUGAAAGAAUUGAUCCUCAAAUUGGCCCGUGAAAGGAAAAUAGAACUGGAUCUAGACGAGGUGGUCCAAACGAAUCAUGCUGCAAUGACAGUAACUCCGAGCGUGGCGCCACUAACCAUAUCUUAUGAAGAAAGGGAGAACUAG